AGCGACACAAUAUCACCCAGCCCCAACCCAUCUGAGACACUGCGAAGCUUUUGCAGCACCUGCAUCUCCAGUUGCGCCGCCUGACGCGUCGAUACAUGUUGCGCGCGAAGAGGUAGACGCGGUGGCACCGAGCGAGCAGCUAUCCACCUCAGCAUUUUUGACUGGCAAAAAAGGGAUCACGGUAAUUUAUGUUGGUGUGGUUCACACGAUCUGCCAAUAAAGAACGACACCCGUCGAUGCGAUCGUGUGUGUCUGAGCGAACUGAGUUCGAACUGGAAACCAAAUCAUUGCUGUGUAAAGGAAGAAGCAGAGGUGGAGGCGUUACUGCACCAGAUUGCAUUGGCGAAGCAAAAGGAGCUACGACUCCAAGCCGAGAAGAAGCGGAUCCGAGGCGAGCUAAGCCAGCUGGAGGCCGUGAGUUGGAGAUACACAUUGUCAAAGUGGAUAGCAUCUUGAAAAGACAUUCUGCGUACUUUGAUCAAUUGUGAGAGCAGGGAACGCUAUGGUCACGCGAGAAGCAAACGCAGAAACAGUUUGUGGAAGUGAGAAGGGCAAAGGAGCUGCUGGAGGCGCAAUAGAAGACGGAAGAGGAGAAGCUCAUCAGGCUGAAUGAUUGUCUAAAGGAGAAGGAGCUGAAUUUUGACAAGGGUGCCAAAUCCAGUCUAUUCCAACAGGCCGCAGCGUCUGUGGUGGCAAAAUCAGCAACCUCGCCACAACGGCAUGAAAGUCUGAACCAAGAAGAAAACGUGAAGGUGCCAGUGCAGCCGGUAAACAGUCCUAACCCGAUACCACUUGUGAAUACGAUGUCGCAAUCUCGCCAAGCCAUGUCCAGAGUUGACACUCGUGUUUUACAUGCAGGAGAUGAUGCGUUGCAGCACCUCGUUCGGAAUAUCAAUUGCGAUAAGCAGCAAAAGCGUAUUGAAAGACUUCGAGAAGAGCUAGAGAAAGCAAACUUCCGUCGCGAAGAAUUCAAUUUCGGCGUACAUGUACCGUCUUCGAUUAUGGUAGAUAUGCCAUCAGAUGUCGUUGCGAGUGCUCAAAUGAAUCAAUACCACGAUACAUGCAGACGAGAAAUCAUUGCACCAGACUCCGCAGCAGAGGAAAAUAGACACUCAGCAGCUGUGACGAAGGCAGCAAUCAAGUGUAUUAUUCUCAAGCCUCUUGAUGGAGCUCACCAAUUUUCAGAUAAAGAUGCUUCACCAGGUAAAAGCGCCCGCCCAGCCAUAAAUGCACCAGCAGCACCGCUCACCCAGCCAGCAGUAUAUCCCACCGCGCCAGGCUCUAUUUAUAAUCCGAAGUGUGCUGUUUCGUGUUACCCCCAAAUCUAUGCUCGGCCAGCCGCCCCAAUCAAUCCGUACCGAUUCUCCUCACCUCCAGUGAUGCCUGUGUGCCCGUACGGAAAUGGAGCUCCCUUGUCAUAUUUACCGGGCAGCCCAUAUCCAGCUGCACCCCCGUGGCUCCCAUCGUACCCUUACCAGAUUGGAAGUAUUUCUCCGCUCGAGCAACCAUCCAAUCCCUUGCUUAGUCAGCUACAGGAAGAUAUUCGACGAUUGGAGCAAGAUCUGGAAGUGCAGCGAAUCGCCGAUGAACAACACGCUGAAGCAAAGGAAUUUGUAGUAAAUCCCGGGCGAAAAACCAAUCAACACUCGACAAAGCGGGAGCCACCCCGCUGGAACUUAUAGCCAAGUGUAUUGUAUCGGGUAAAUCGUAGAAUGAGUCUCGAGUCUGAUGGUAACCAGAUCGAGCUCAAUUAUCAGCUUCUUUCUAAGGAAGGUUCGCUGGGAAAGUUAUAAGAAAGAUGAUAUGUAGUUGGCCUAGUU